AUGUCUGACACCGAAUCACAUAGCUCUAUAGGUAGUGAUGAUUCGUGGUAUGGCCAGCUCGUUGCCGGCAGCGACAGCGGCAGCGCCAGCGACACGGCUUCGGACAGUGACAGUAUGUCCGAUACUGUCGUCCGUGGCGCUGGCGCAGCAGGACUGGUCGCGGGCACCGGUGUUGCUGUCGAGCACACCGGGGCGCAGACCGCCGCACAGGGCGGGGCACCUCCACCCCAUCCGGACCUGCCAGCAUUUGCUGCGUUGGCGCGUCCACUGGCCCACCCGGGGCCGACUGCGCCGAUAUCUCUAGUAUCGCCCACCAUCAGAGCCAGGAAGGUGUUAUUCAACAUCAGCUCGAACAGCGUGGGCACAUGCAUGGGCUUCAGCUCCAGCCCACGGCAGCGUGUAAACUUCGCAAUGACACGGUACAAAGGUGGCCGCGACAGCACAUGUACGUGCCGUGUCGCGGUGGUGGGCAUCGUUUGCUCCCACCUUCGUGCCGUAUACCAGCUGCACGGUGGUGGUUGCGUCGGAGCACAGGAGCGCAUCGUGGCGGGCGCCCUUGUCGCCCUCCAGAACGUGGGUCAGUUGGUGACGGUGCUGCCACCGGAUGCCGUCCUCUUCCGCAGCCUGUCCCGGACAUCUCGGGACGCUGGGAUGGAGAAGCCCGCCGUGUGCCAGCUGCGCGCUACCGUGACUUUCCGAGACGACGUGAUUGUCUGCUCCUGCCCCCUCUUUGCUGCACACGGGAUGUGCAUGCACAGCGCAGUUGUCAGCAAGGCGCUUCCGGAGAACUGGCGGGCCUACGCACGUGGCGACAGCCGGCACCAACGACCCGUCGUCUAUGCUGGGCCCGUGAGUGAGGCGGACCUGCGUUUGUUGGUACAUUCUCUUCCCCUCGCCGCCUAUGAGGCGGAGGUCCGGACCAUGCCCCCGGUUGAGAAGUGGGCGCCCGCGCCAGGCAGCCUGGAGGGCUGCAUGCACAUCGGCAAGGCAGAGGCGCGUCUUAUGCGGGAGCUUGCACAGGGUGCAGGGCGCUAUGAGGGGCCCGCGGUGAUGUGCACCACAGCCAGUGUGCUCUUUGACGGCACGCGGCGCGGUAAGGCUCGUGACUUGUGCUCCCAGUUGGAUGCUUUGCAGCAGGAGCUGACGUCGGGGGAAUGGGCGGAGUUGGAGAGCAGCAUGGAUCACAUACUGGGCAUUUUGGCGCGGAGGAGGGAGGCAGCCACAGUGGCGGGGCGCCCCGUCACAGUGGCAGAGUGGCCCCGUGUGCCUCGUCACCUGGAGCGGAACACCAGCAGCAGUGGUGAGGGCCUCGUCGCCUCGCCAGAGGCGCGGGCGGCCCGUCCCACGGACCGGCGGCGCCUCACAGACCGCGUGGUUAAGCCCCUGCAGGGUGGGCGUCGGCGGCGGCAGCGGGACGAGCCGGGCAUGAACACAAAGGAGGAGGAGGAGGCUGGGAGUGGGGCCGAGGUCGGAGGCGAGCUGGCGCCCGCCAGGGGGCCGGGUCGGAAGAAGAAGAGGAAACCGGCGACACGGCCCCGGGCGACAGGCCUGCCCCCGCUGGCGCCGCGCGCGCGGACUCAGCCGGCGGAGACGGGCAUCGGCGCGGGGACGGCUGGCAUGGCGGCGGUUCAGUUGGAAGACGAUGAGGACUACUGUGUUAUUGUGGAGUAG